ACACAAAGCAGAGCAAAAGGAUGAGAAUCAAAAAGUGACAACAUCCAAUCCAACGUUGUUAUUCUGUUUCAACACCCUCGUUAUACCCUCCUCCAUUUAUCCCCUUCAUUUCUCUCUCUCUCUGCAACGAAAAAUGGCUUCCCUCACGUGCUCCCCCACCUCGCUACAGCUCCGAUUGGCCUUAGCCGCCCCUAAAUUCCCACACACCCCGCAACUGCGAAUGCGCGACUUCAAGCUCAACCGAGUUCGCCCUCUACGCGCCGCGCAAGACGGCGGGCCCGGGCCCGGGCCCAAACUCGACGGCUUCUCGGGCUGGUCCGACACCGACGCCGAGCAGCGGCCCAACAACGCCCCAAAGAAGGAGUCAUAUGGAGGUAGCUUGCUUUCAGGAGUUGUGGGAGUAGGAGUGGCUGGAGUGCUUCUACUUUCAGGGCUUACCUUUGCUGCCUUAUCUCUUGGCAAACAAACUGGUUCCAGACCUGAGCAACACAUGAAGCCCUUGACUUCACAGCAGGAGGAACUUUUGUCUUCUGAUGACCAUAAUGAUGAAAUAACUGAACAAGGGAAUGUUGACAACACGGUCGAACAAGGAAAUGGUAAAAUGGAAGGUCAGAUACAUAUAUCUGGGGAUUAUUCUUCUGCUGAGUCUAGUAAUUUUUACAGUGACAAUAGCAUUGUUGAUGAUUCUGACAUAGGAUCCCAGUUGAUAUAUGAUAGCAAAAACCCCUCCGAUGGUGUUGACGAUGCCACUAAACAUAUAUCUGUUCAAGAAGAUUUACAGGAUGUGUCAGCUUUUGAUAACAAGUUAGUUUUUGCUAGUGAAAGCCCAGUGCCACUUGAAUCUGAAAAUACUGUCGAUUCUUUUAAUGCUUAUGGAUUUAGAGAUUUUGAUAGCAACCCUAAUGUAGAUACAGUGGAAUCUACUCCCAAUCUUAAAGAAAACCUAUUCAAUGUUGAUCCAGGAGACAUGCCCAACUAUGAUGAUGCUAAGCCAUUACACCUUAAUACUGAGCAACAUGAUGAAAUAACCAGUUCAAGUGGAAGUGUAAGUUUUGGUUUUCCUGAAACCUAUUCUAGUUCGGGUGCUGAUAAUGAGACUGGAAUUGUUAGUGUUGUGGUCAUUUCUGAGCUAAAUAACAUGAUUUCAGAUCCUAAGUUUUUCAAUGAAGCUGGUCAAGAGAAUAUUCUGUCAGCUUUAAAGAAUGAAAACCUUGACCUGAACAAAAUUCCACAGGUCUCCGCUGAGGGAAAUGAGCCUUCCUUUGAAGAGCGGAGCAUUCCUGGAAAUGACCUGUUUGAAAAAUCAUCUAUUUCAACAUCAGCCAAUACAUUGGUAGAUGAGCAGGUUAGAAAUGAUAAUUAUGAGGUUGAUGAAGUUAAAUCUGAAUCUUCAAAUUCUGGAUCCUUUUUCUCUGUUCCCGGCAUUCCCGCUCCAUUAGUAGUUUCUACAGCUGUACAAGUGCUUCCGGGAAAGAUUUUGGUUCCUGCAGCUGUUGAUCAAGUUCAGGGCCAAGCACUAGCUGCAUUGCAAGUUUUAAAGGUCAUUGAGCCUGAUGUUCAACCUAGUGAUUUAUGUACACGUCGUGAAUAUGCUCGCUGGUUGGUUUCUGCUAGCAGUGCUCUUUCAAGGAGCACAGUUUCAAAAGUGUAUCCUGCCAUGUACAUAGACAAUGCUACUGAGCUUGCAUUUGAUGAUGUCACUCCCGAGGACCCUGAUUUUUCUUCCAUUCAAGGCUUGGCAGAAGCUGGACUUAUUGAAAGCAGGCUUUCAAGACGUGAUAUACAGUUGUUUGGUGAUGGAGAUGAUAGCCCAUUUCACUUCUCCCCUGAAAGUCCUUUAUCACGUCAAGAUCUUGUCAGCUGGAAAAUGGCCCUGCAGAAAAGACAGCUUCCGGAAGCUGACAGAAAGGUGCUGUAUCAACUUUCUGGUUUUAUAGACACUGAUAAGAUACAUCCUAAUGCAUGCCCUGCCUUAGUAGCUGAUCUGUCUGCUGGGGAGCAGGGAAUAAUAGCUCUUGCAUUUGGUUAUACAAGAUUGUUCCAGCCAGAUAAACCAGUAACAAAAGCCCAAGCAGCUAUGGCUCUUGCUACUGGAGAUGCUUCUGAAAUAGUUAGUGAAGAGCUUGCACGCAUUGAAGCAGAAUCUAUUGCUGAAAAUGCUGUUGCUGCGCAUAGUGCUUUAGUAGCUCAAGUAGAGAAGGAUAUCAAUGCAAGUUUUGAGCAGGAGCUUUUCAUAGAGAGGGAAAAGAUCAGUGCUGUUGAAAGAAUGGCUGAGGAGGCAAGACUUGAGUUGGAAAGGUUAAGAGCUGAGAGAGAAGAAGAUAACCUUGCAUUGACUAAGGAGCGAGCUGCUAUUGAAUCGGAAAUGGAGGUUUUUUCAAAGUUAAGGCAUGAGGUUGAGGAUCAAUUACAAAGCCUAAUGAGUGACAAGGUAGAAAUAGCGCAUGAAAAAGAGAGGAUUAGCAAGCUUCGGGAAAAAGUAGAAGUUGAAAACAAUGAGAUUGGCCGUUUACAAUAUGAGCUAGAGGUUGAAAGAAAAGCCCUGUCCAUGGCCAGGGCUUGGGCAGAGGACGAGGCCAAACGAGUGAGAGAGCAAGCAAUAGCCUUAGAGGAGGCUAGAGAUCGUUGGGAGAGGCAUGGAAUCAAAGUGGUAGUUGAUGAUGACCUCCGCAAGGAGGCCUCGGCUGGAGUGACAUGGCUCAAUGCCUCAGAGCAGGUGUCGGUUCAAGGAACAGUUGACAGGGCAGAGAGCUUAUUGGACAAGCUCAAACAAAUGGCUGCAGAUAUCAGAGGAAAAUCUAGAGAUACCCUUCACAAAAUCAUUCACGUGGUUUCCCAAUUUAUAUCAAAAUUGAGGGAAUGGGCAUGCAAAACAGGAAAACUGGCUGAAGAAUUUGGAGAAGCUGCCAUCUCAAAGGUAGGCAAGUCAGUCAGUGAGUUGCAGCAAAAUGCUCUUGAAGUUGGAAUUGGUAUCAAAGAAGGUGCAAAGCGAGUUGCUGGUGAUUGUAGAGAAGGGGUUGAGAAAAUCACCCAAAAAUUCACACAGAAGUUCAAGACCUGACCUUUUCUACCCUCAACAUUUUUUCAAGCUUAUUGGCUGUUGAGUGGCCAGAGAUGGAGUUUGCUUUGAUUUUCUUUUUGCAGUCCUUCAAUAAAGACGUGCACCAGACACCGACGCAGGGAUGUUGGCAGUUACUAACUUCUUAUAACUGCCUUUCGGAGAUCACAACAUAUUCAUGUGAAGGCAUGCUUGUAUAAUUGAUACUAGUAAGAAAUUCAGUUAAGGAAUAACCAGUUGUAAUUCAACAUGUUGCCAUGUCUGCAGCACAUCUUAGAGUAAAGAUAGGCAGCAUGCUGAUUAUAAAUUGUCAUGAUGAUUACUCUCUCAAACCCUCUUUAAUAAGGAGCAUUUCAAUAAGGGUGUUAGUAUAAUAAGUUUUUUUUUUAUUUAAAAAAAUAACUGGAUAAAGAUAUUGGUUUGUGGUU